GGAACAGCAGGGAUAGUCUUUAGUGUUAGAAAGUCUUUGUAUUUCACUAACAGACUGCUGACCGCUCCUCAUCUGGAGUUGUAAUGAAUCUGUAGCUUUAACAAAUAAACCCAUUAGUAGUUUAGCUCGUAUUGAUUCUGUUCUGCAUCGAUCCAAACAACGGGUUUUAAAUGCAACGCUGCCUGAUUUAUGAGAAGACGAUGGCCGAGACGAAGAACGGCGGGAGUUCACUCAACAAUAACAAUUGUAAAGACGACAGCCGCAGAAAGUUACUCGUCGGUGUGGACCUGUUCUGUCUGUUUUUAGCUGGCCUGCCUUUCUUGGUCAUUGAAACCAGCGCGGUGCAGCCUUACCGUAGAGGGUUUUACUGCGAUGACGAGUCCAUCAAAUACCCGGCCAAAAAGGGAGACACCAUAAGUGACGGUGUGCUCAGUGCUGCCGGUAUUCUUAUCACCAUCCUGUCUAUUAUCAUUGGGGAGAGCUACAGGAUCUACUUCCUGCAUGAAGGCUCCAAGUCUUUUGUGGCAAACCCGUACAUCUCAGCGCUGUACAAACAGGUGGGCGUGUUCAUCUUUGGCUGCGCCAUCAGUCAGUCCUUCACCGACAUUGCCAAAGUGUCUGUGGGGCGCAUGAGGCCGCACUUCCUGGACGUGUGCAAACCAGACUUCAGCACUAUCAAUUGCUCCCUGGGAUACAUCACGGAGUACCAGUGCCAGGGGCCAGAGAGUAAAGUACAAGAGGCCAGGAAGUCUUUCUUCUCUGGACAUGCAUCAUUCUCUAUGUACACCAUGCUCUAUCUAGUGUUUUACCUGCAGUCCCGUUUCACCUGGCAUGGAGCUCGCCUGCUGCGCCCUCUGACCCAGUUCACCCUGAUCAUGAUGUCCUUCUACACAGGCCUGUCCCGAGUGUCUGACCACAAGCACCACCCCACAGACGUACUGGCUGGAUUCAUACAAGGAGCCCUCGUGGCAUACUGCAUUGUGUUUUACGUUUCAGACCUGUUUAAACCAAAAGGCAGACGGUCUACUGUGACACCUUUGCCAGUGAAAAAGGACAUAGUUCCUCCUCCUGACAUCAGAGAAAGAAGUAACCCUCUUAUAAUGGCAUGAAAGGAUGAAGGCAACUCGACGUGUGCCAUUUAUAAUCACUACUAAACUUGUGAACUUUAAAACCUCUCAGAGACACAUUUUUAUACAAAUAAUUACACAACCCAAGACCAUGGGGGUGGACUCAUCUUAUGGUUCCGUUUUCGAGAAUCUCUGGUAAGGUCAGGCCAUGGAAAAAGCAGCUGUGAACGAAGCUAUGCCUGUUUAAUUACAUGCAUACGAUUUUCUGCCACUUUUAUUACUGUGCAACAAAAAUCAUGAACAACAACUUCCUUUAUUUUAGGAAGGAUCUGAAACUUUUACAAAUGUAUUUUAGCAAACCUCAGUACUGUGUCACCACUUGAAUGACCUGAAGUGAAGCUUUUGAUAAGCUUUAUAAUAGUUUGAGUUCUAUUUUGUCUCGUUUAUGUAGUCUAAUGUACAUUGGUUACAGUAUUGGUGCAUAGGUUACAGUGGAUAUAAGAGCGAGUAUUUUGGGGUGGGCCUCUUUCUGCUGGUUAGGACGAGUCCCCACUGAGCCAUUUAAUGAAAUGUCAGUCUGUUUUAAGUAGCAGGCAGUGUCCCAAUGUUAGACCACAAUAAGGAUUUGUAUUGUAUUUGUGUGAGUCCUGUGUGUUUAAUGUCUGUGUAUAACCUGACCAGCCAGAGUACAGUUACUGGUAUAAAUCAAGGCACUGAUUCACUUAUAACCUACACAAACAAUUUGGCUACUUUCACACUCCUCUUGGUUUGGUCCCAGUAGAGUAGGUUUAGUCUUCAUAUCGUCCUCAUUUAGUUUAGUCCAAUUUUGAAAUCUUGAUUUAAGAUGUGGUCCCAUGGCAAUGGAUGUUGGAACAUCAGUUUGCAAAUGUUUUCCUCAUAUAUCAGUGUUUAUUCUGUAUGUUUCCAGCAUAAAUCUAUUAAAAAAAGAAAACAAGAACUAAAAAUAAUCCUACUUUAGAUAAUCAGAUUAUGGCAGCUUUAAUAGUUGUUCAGUAUGCCCAGAUUUUUUACUCCUAUCCAAAUUAGAGAGACGAGCAAUAUCAUUUGAAUAUUUAGAAAUGGACUGUUCAGCCAUAGAAUUUAAGAACCACUGACAGAUAUGAAAGCCCUACCCAAAGGCAGUUUUGAAAAUCUUUCCAUCGCCCCAACCAGCAACAGUACUGUACAUUCUGGAUGCUAUAAACCAUGUUCUUGUACUUUAUAUUUGUGUGUAAAUACAUUUUGACUAGACCUGUGUAUUUGUCAUUGUGCUGCUUUAUCACUAUUCAGAUGGGCAUCAUUAUUUUGAAAUAAAACACCACACAGUUUUGGUACAUUAUGGUUUUAAAGUUGUAUUUUUAUAAAGGUGUCAAAUGUACUAAAGGUGUAUGAUGCUUGAAGUUCUUAAUAAAUGAAUAAAAUAUGGAAUCAAAGUAUA